AUGAAGUUUGGCAAAACCUUCCUUAUUCAUCAAGUGCCGGAAUGGUCUGGUUACUAUAUGAACUAUAAAGAACUCAAAAGAGAGAUCAAAGCGAUUGUUGUUGCUAUUGAUGAUUUCCACUCCACUGUGGAUGCUACUAAUGAUUUUGUGGUGAAGGACGGUGCGGUUUUAUCCGCAUCCGCGGCGGGUGCGGAAAUCGCCAGCACUUUGAAUGAUGAAACCGUUAAGAGUUCUUUGGCAGGGUUUUUCACCAAACUUGAUAGAAAUAUCGAGAAAGUGGAAUCUUUUUAUAACUUUCAAUUCUCGGAAUAUGAGCGUCGUCUUAAAAGAGUGACCACCGCCAUGCAUAGCCACAAGAAGGAUGGGAAGAUGGAGUUUGAUAAGGAAGAGCUUGAAGAGGUGAUUGGGAUCCUUGUGGAGUUGAGAGGGAAUUUUAGAAACCUCAAAUGGUUUUCUGAAUUGAAUAAGCGUGGAUUCAUUAAAAUCUUGAAGAAGCUCGAUAAGAAAGCCGGAACCAACAAACAAAUGUAUUAUUUGAGUUCUCAUAUUUUCCCAUUAAGUUUUGCUAGCGAAACUGAGAUCUUACGCGAAUUGAAUUUAAUCAACAAGUAUCUUUCCGAAUUGUCCCCACAAGCUGAUGAGCUUGUUGCUCUCACUACUACUACUACUACCACUGGUAUUGACUCAUCCUCUGGCCAAUCGACGGCCAAUGGAGGCUACGUUUCUCCAAACUCUGGAAAAUACAUGUGUUACAUUCGCAAAGAUGAUAGUGAAGGGCUUAUCAAAGAGUUGGCUAAUGAAUUCCGCUCACCAAUUUUGACUCCUUCUAAGCUCUUGCUUAAUUUGUUGAAUAAAUCUGCGCUUUUCCAAGCAUUUGGCUGUAUUGACAAACUCAUGGAAUUCACCCAGGUACUUAAUGAUUCCAGUGAUAUAAGUGCCAGAAAUUUCUUCCACCAUCAUAUUAUUGCUCUUGGAAAACAAACUGUGGAACGCGAACAAAAAGAAGCUGAGAAGGAAAAACCCACCACCGAGGCUAGUGCCGCAACUGUUGCUAAUACAUAUGGCCUUCUUAUUGAAAGAGAUAUGUCUCUUCUUCCGGCUGCAGCUCCAGAUAAGAAUUUCCGUCUUGUUGGUGCUUAUGGAUCCGAUGGUGUUAAUUCGAACGAUUCUCCUAGUGGCUUGGAGUAUAUCCUCAGUAGAUUACCAACAUCACUGAGACACUGCCUCUUGCAGCGUGAUAGUUACAAGCGUGCCCCAUUACACUACGCUGCUCAAUACGGCCUUAAGGAAACCUCUGCAAUAAUCAUUGAUUUCUUGAAGAAGUGGAGUCAUUGGGAUUCUAGUGUUGCUAUUGAUGAUAUCACUGUUUGGGGUGAUGCAGAAUAUUUGACUCCUUUGCACUUGGCACUUGUUGGCGACCAUCCAAAAACCACUAAAAUAUUAUUAAGCUCCAUGGAUGGUGAUGUUUCAUUGAGUAAUCCUGGUUUGCUUUUAUUGGCUGCUCGUUUGAAGCUGUCUCGUUUAUUGGAAAGCUUAUUAGAAGUUAAAGGUAUGGAUAUCAAUUACAACAAAACUGAUACUAUGGAAACGGCGCUAUUCAUUUCCGCAAAGUUGAAUUCCUUGGAUUCAGUUAAGUUUUUACUUCAAAAAGGAGCCGAUUGUGAGAUCCCAGAGGCUUCAUUUGGCUGGACUCCAAUUUUUGCAGCUGCAGCUGAGGGGUACGCCGAAGUGACUAAGGCGUUAAUUGACCAUGGUGCCAAUUACUCUAGAUUAGAUAAUGACGGCUGGCUAGCAAUGGAACAUUGUUCUUUGCGUGGUCAUUUAGAUUUGGCAGAAUUGCUAUGUCCAAAAGAUUAUGAUCCUUUGAAAUUAGCCAAAGAGUCUAACUUAAACAACUUGUUGAAAAAAGAUGGUGGCUCAUCAACUUUGAAUAGCAAUGGGUUACCUCCGAAAAUUCCAGACUUGGUUCAAGAAAGCACCAAUAGUGUUGAUAAAUUACCAGCCAGCGUUAAUGUCGGCCCUGCUGGUACUGAUAAGCACAUUUAUAAAGAGAUUAAAUCGAAUAAAAAGGAAAGUAACAAUAGAGAUCCGAUUAGCUCUUUGAAUAAUGGUAAUAGUUCUGUUCCAACCUCGAAAAAGCCAGUCAAAUCUUUCGGACAUCAGUUCCUUAAACCAAAUGAGUCCAUGGUGUUAUUGACUUUGGGAACCACUGACUUGCGUGAUAAAACUCCGGCAAUCCAGUUGAAUCGUGUUCCAGUAUCUAAAGCACAUUCUACGGAGCUAGAUACAGCCUUGUCGGUUGCUAUUAGCUGCAAACAAUUGAAGAACCAACCACCAGUGGUCUUAGAUUUACCAUUAGAUGAUAAUCAUGGCUCUGCUACUGAUCCAAUCAGCUUCAAGUUUGUCAAUCAAGAUCCAAGGAAUGCUGCUAUAUAUUUUGAUAUCUUUCCUACUUAUUCAUAUGCUGGUGAAGAAGCAUUGUCGGGCUCUACUAUCAACAGUAUUAAUGAUGUCAAUGUUAGUAAAGUGAUUAGCCAAAAGAAACGUAAAGUUCUUGGGCGUGCAAUUGCUUUACUCGGCAACGUUUAUACUUCUGUGGGUAAAGACAGACGUUCUAUGUACAACGUUUGUACCGUUCCAAUUAUUGAGUCAGUCACUUUGGAAGAGUUGGGGACUGUUCGUUUUGAAAUUCUCGACGUCAGCAGUUUCACUCAUCCUAAUAUGACGUAUGAUAUCAGUGAAUCUUAUUGGAAGACCUUGAUUUCGACAAGAGUUAUUGGUCAUCGUGGUUUGGGUAAAAACAUCAACAGUAAGAGCUCUUUACAAUUAGGUGAGAAUACUGUCGAAUCGUUUAUUGCUGCUGCUUCUCUUGGGGCGUCUUAUGUGGAAUUUGAUGUGCAAUUAACCAAAGAUCUUGUUCCUGUGAUUUAUCACGAUUUCCUAGUGGCGGAAAGUGGGAUGGACAUUCCAAUGCAUCAAAUGACUGCCGAACAAUUUUUGAAAUUGAGUGAUCAUCGUCCAGACCAAGAUUUUAAUCUCAAUUCUGGCAAGUUCCCACGGAACAAACAUGCUUCUGAUAACAGGAUCUCAUAUGAUGAUGAUGCAUUGUUACUGAAACGUAAAUUCCGUUCGGCAUCUUUGAGUAUGAAUAAUAAGAAGGCUCAAAAAUUUACCAUUGGGAAUGAUAAUGAUGAUGAUGAUGACAGCGAUGAUGAAGAAAAACUUGGAUCGGUAUUUGAUGAGAGAAUGAAAUUGACGAGAACUUACAAAGAACAAGGAUUCAAGGGUAAUUCCCGAGGUACUUCUAUUGCUUCUUCCUUUGUUACUCUUGAAGAUCUUUUCAAAAAAUUGCCAGAAAAUGUCGGGUUCAACGUUGAAUGUAAAUAUCCAAUGUUAGAGGAGGCACAAAAGGAAGAUUUUGAAGAAAUUGCGAUUUCUUAUAACAAAUGGGUUGACGUGGUGCUUCAAAAAGUAUACGAUCAUAAGGGCCAACGGAAUAUCAUAUUUUCGUCUUUCCAUCCUGAUGUUUGUAUUUUAUUGUCGAUGAAGCAACCGGCAAUUCCGAUUUUGUUCCUCACGGAAGCUGGGUCUCAGUUCAUGCCUGAUGCCCGUGCAUCAUCGUUGCAGGCAGCUAUCAGAUUUGCGAAGAAGUGGAAUCUCCUUGGGAUUGUUAGUGCUGCUGCUGCGAUUAUCCAAUGUCCUAGACUUGCGAGUAUUGUCAAGAGUAACGGAUUGGUUUGUUUUACUUAUGGUGCCUUGAAUAAUGAUCCGGAGAAUGCCAAACUUGAAAUGGAGGCUGGGGUUGACGCAGUGAUUGUUGACAAAGUGCUUGCGGUGCGGAAGGGGUUAGCUAAUGCUUGA